AUGAUAUAUUACACACUCUUCCCUCUUCUAUGCAAUGUCUCUUUUCUCUGUACUUAUGACGGGGGAUACAGGGAUGAUAUUUUCUCUCUCUUCCCUCUUCUAUGCAAUGUCACUUUUCUCUUACAUUAUGACAGGAUACAGGAUGAUAUUACACACCCUCUUCCUCUUCUAUGCUAUGUCUUUUUUCUCUGUUACAUAAUGACAGGAUACAGGGAUGAUUUAAGCACACUCUUCCCUUUUCUAUCAAUGUCUCUUUUUCUCUCUUACAUUGUGACAGGAUACAGGGAUGAUCUCAGUCUUACCUCUUCCCUCUUCUUUCCUGGGAUGAUAUUAAGCACACUCUUCCCUCUUCUAUGCUAUGUCUCUCUUUUCUCUGUUUACAUUAUGACAGGAUACAGGGAUGAUAUUUCACCUCUUCCCUCUUCUGUCAAUGUCUCUCUUUUCUCUGUUACAUAUGAUGACAGGAUUCAGGAUGAUCUAAUCACACUUUCUUCCCCUCUUCUUGCAAUGAUACAGGGGAUGAUAUUUCCACACUCUUCCCCUCUUCUAUACUAUGUCUCUUUUUUCUUCUUAUAUUAUGACAGGAUAUGGGAUGAUUUUUUCUCCCUCUUCCCUCUUCUAAUGUCUCUUUUCUCUCUCAUUAUGACUUUCUAG